AUGACCGAAGAGAUGAAGUCUCUACACAAGAACCAGACAUGGGAUUUGGUGAGCCUGCUAAAGGGGAAAAGAACUGUUGAUUGCAAAUGGGUCUUUAGAAAAAAAGAUGGCUUUCCUGGUGUAGAAGAUGCUAGAUACAAAGCGAUAUUGUCACCACGACAGUACUACAAGAGAUUUAAUGCAUUUAUUAUUACUAAAGGUUUCUUGAGAAGUGUAUUUGAUAGCUGCGUGUAUCACAUGAUGGUAUCUGGUAAUUCAAAUAUUUAUUUAUUGUUAUAUGUUGAUAAAAUGCUUAUUGUUGCUAAUAGUAUGACAGAGAUAAAUGAUUUGAAGAAACUGCUAUGUAAGGAGUUUAACAUGAAAGAUUUAGGUGAUCUUGGAAUGGAGAAUCACAAAAAGAUGGUGAGGUGUAUCUCUCACAGAAAAAGUAUAUUGAGAAGGAUGAGAAAUGAAGGCUUCUCGAUCCUUGGUUACGUGGAUUCUGAUUUUGCAAGUGAUCUUGAUAGAAGAAGAUCAAUAACGGGCUAUAUCAUUACUCUUGCAGGUAGUGCCAUAAGUUGGAAGGCAACUCUCCAGUCUAUAGUUGCUUUAUCCGCAACAGAAGUUGAAUAUGGCAACAGCAGAAGCAGUAAAGGAGGCUAUAUGGUUGAAAGCCAAAAGAGAAUACAUUUGGACAUCAAACCACAAAACAUCCUUCUCGAUCAAAAUUUCAAUGCUAAGAUAUCUGAUUUUGGGUUGUCCAAACUAAUUGAGAAAGACGAGAGCAAAAUUGUUGCUAAAAUGAGAGGAGCACCAGGGUAUUUAGCCCCUGAAUGGCUGAGAACCUUGUGUGGGAGAAAGAAUGUUGAUCGGUCCCAAGCUGAUGAGGAUGUCCAUUUGCUAAGUGUUUCUAGGAGAAAAGCGGAACAACAGCAGCUCGUGGAUAUGGUUGACCAAAACAACGAGGAUAUGCAGCUCCACAAAGAAGCAGUGACAGAUAUGAUGAGCCUAGCUGCAUGGUGUCUACAGGGUGAUUUCAGAAAGAGGACUUCCAUGUCAUUGGUGGUUAAGGUACGGGAAGACACUGUUGAAACCAACAUAGAUUACGAUUUUGCAAGCCUACCUGAGGCUGGAGCAGGUAACCAACAAAUGGAAGCCACUAGCAGUUCAAAAUUGCCUUCAAUUUUAUCUGAACCUAGGUGA